AAAGAGGAAAAAAAGACAAGGGAAGGAAGAAGAAAGAAAAGGAAGGAAAGAACCCAGGAGAGAGAGAAAGAAGGAAAGCAGGGAAGAAAGAAAAAAGGGAGGAAAGAAGAGAAGAGAGGGGGAAAGAAAGGAAUGAGAGAGAGGAGGAGGAGGGGAGGCAAGAUUUCUUUCCUUCCUUUUUUUCCCUUGGUUUUUUUUUUUUUUGCCUUGCCGGUUCUCCAUCGCAUCUCUGCCCCCCACGCAGUUACCCCUUCCCCAACUUCGCCGGAGAGGGGUGGGUGUCUCCCCCAUUGGGCAGAAACGGGGGUGCCGGCGGGCGGGGUGGUGGUGGUCCGAGGUUCAGGCAGCCCCCCCCCCUCUCUCUCCUCCUGGCCCUCCGCCCCGCUCUUUCGUCUCCAUCCCAUCCCGCGCUCCGCCUGCCCGUCUGGACUCCGACCACCUGCCCGUUCCCGGAAAAGAAAAGAAAAGAAAAGAAAAGGCUAGGGAAGCGGUUUCCCCCGGCGAGAAGAGAACUUCAGAGGAAAGUGGUGAUGUUUUAAGACAGUUGGCGUUUUCUGAAGGCACACUUUGCAAAACCGGAGCAAGGAAAAUAUAGAGCUUGGCCAAGCAAUUGGAGGUUGCCGAAGGAGUGAGUUUCUCCUCUCUUGGAUCAUCGGGGAGAAACUGAACCUGCUUUGGAGGCCAAUACGCUGAAGGGCGUGAAGCCAGGGGCCGUUUUCUACCGACGUCUCCCGUUUUCUGCAAAGAAGAAGAAGAAAGAGGAGGAAGGGGGGAAAAAGAAGGAGGGGGCACCAAAUUCAUGAAUGAUUAUUUCUUAACAACAACAACAACAGCAACAACAACAACAACAAGCAAACGAAGAAAACCCAGAGGUUGAAACUGUCUUCUCAAACUUUAUUGGCCAAGAGACUCGCUUCGGGAAGGGAAAUGUGAGCCACGCAUUCUUUUUUUUGUUUUAUUUUUUUCCUUCUCUUUUUAGCCUCAAAUGUUCUCUUCCUUAAAGAAGGUGAAAAGAAGCACUUGCCUCGUAGCCAUUAGCGCUGGGUGGGAAUGAAAACUUAACUGUACUCAACAACCCUGUAACUUUUUAAAGCCCUUCUUCACACAGACACUCCUCCUCUGUCACCUUCUUCUUCUUCUUCUUCUUCUUCUUCUUCUUCUUCUUCUUCUUCUUCUUCUUCUUCUUCUUCUUCUUCUUCUUCUUCUUCUUCUCCUUCUCCUCCUCCUCCUCCUCCUCUUUUCUUCUUCCCUUUCUCUCUCUCUCUCUCUCUCAUAUAUGUCCUACCCCCGCUGCCCUCAGCUGGUCAGAUUUCAUUGCAAAAUGAAAAUUUGAUAGCUCUCUUCAUUGAUCGGAGAGAGUCACCUCUGGCUACCUUCAACAUCCCGGCUCGGGGGGCGCAGACAUAACACCGAGACUGCUUAGCCGACAGAAGGAUAGGAUGAAGACUUGACGGCUGGGAAAGAGGGGCGCUUGGGAGAGCUGCUCCCCAUGGCUAAGACGGAAAGGUAGAGACUGGCGCCUGUCGUCUUUUUCAGCUGGACCUUUCCAGGGUCGGUCUUCAUUGGGAAGCUUCCAUGCUGAGCCGGAGAACUCCCGCAAAACCAGUCUCUGACUUGCUCACCAUUCGAGGAUCCCUUCUGCUUGGCUGCUAUUUGCCAUGCUUCACCACGUGGCAAUCUUAUUGCAUUGUCUUCCUCUGGUCAUGGGACAGUAUGACAUCUGCAAAUCCUGGGUCACCACGGACAAUGGACCGAUGUGGGAGUUUUACGCUUGCCAGCCCAAAGCUAUGGCCAUUAAAGACUUCGCGACGGUCCGGGUGGAGCCUUCUGGAAUCACUUGUGGGGAUCCUCCAGAGCGGUUUUGCACGCAUGAAAACCCGUACUUGUGCAGCGACGAGUGCGAUGCUUCCAAUCCAGAUCUGGCCCAUCCUCCCAAGCUGAUGUUCGAUAAAGAAGACGAAGGCCUGGCCACCUACUGGCAGAGCGUGACCUGGAGCCGUUAUCCCAAGCCUUUGUUGGCCAACAUCACCUUGUCUUGGAACAAGACCAUCGAGCUGACCGACGACGUCGUGUUGACUUUUGAGUACGGCCGUCCCACCAAGAUGAUCUUGGAGAAGUCCUUGGACAACGGGAGGACGUGGCAACCCUACCAGUACUACGCGGACGAAUGUAACGAAGCUUUCGGCAUGCCGGCGCGGAAAGUGAGGGAGCUGUCCACGACCAACGUCAACAGAGUCAUUUGCACGGAGGAAUAUUCCCGUUGGGUGGGGUCCAAGAAAGAGAAGGAGGUCAGAUUCGAGGUGAAGGACCGUUUUGCCAUUUUUGCCGGGCCCGAACUACGAAACAUGGACAACCUUUACACCAGGCUGGAGAGCGCCAAGGGCCUGAAGGAUUUCUUCACCGUGACGGAUUUGAGGAUGCGGCUUUUGAAACCCGCGCUCGGGGGCACCUACGUCCAGAGAGAGAACUUGUACAAGUAUUUCUACGCCAUCUCCAAUAUCGAAGUCACAGGCAGGUGUAAAUGUAAUCUCCAUGCCAACCAGUGCAUUUUCAAAGAAGGAAAUCUCCAGUGCGAAUGUGAACAUAACACAACGGGGCAGGACUGUGGCAGAUGUAAGAAGAAUUUCCGGAGCAAGUCGUGGAGAGCUGGAUCCUACCUUCCCCGUCCCAACGGCUCUCCUAACGUGUGUGCAGCUCCAAAUUUUGGCAACUGUGAAUGUUAUGGACACUCCAACCGGUGCAGCUUCAUUGAUUUCCUGAACUUGGUGACUUGCAUUAGUUGCAAGCAUAACACUCGGGGACAACACUGCCAGUAUUGUCGGCUGGGCUACUUCCGAAAUAGCUCCGCGGAGCUGGACGACGAGAAUGUGUGUGUAGAUUGCAACUGCAACCGAGUUGGCUCGCUGGCUAACCGCUGUAAUGAGACCGGCUAUUGCGAAUGCAAAGAUGCGGGCGUGACAGGGCCGAAAUGCGACGACUGCUUGCCCGGGUACUACUGGAGGCAAGGUUGCUUACCGAACGUUUGCGAUGACGAACUCCUGAUCUGCCAAAACGGAGGCACGUGUUACGAGAACCAGCGGUGUCUCUGCCCGCCGGGUACCAAGGGUAUCUUGUGUGAACAAACCAAGUGCGAAGGGGAAGACACAGAGUGCGAUUCGGUCUCCAGGACGUAUCUCAGCCUCUCGGCAUUCGUGGCCAGCGCGGUAAGCCUACACAUGCAACAACUCUUGGACCUCUGAAGGACAAGGAGGGAGAGAGGUGCUCCUUGUCAAAAAUCCCACGGAAAGGCAAGAGCGAGAGCGAGAAAGGAUUGGGACAGCCUGAAAAAUGUCGCGAGCUCAGAAAAAAAACCCAUCAUCCAGCCGUAGCUGGUGUCUCUUGGUCGUUGUUGGCCAAGCAUUGAAGGAUUCAACGGAAGUUCCUGGUCCUCAUACAGAUCUUCGGUUGGACAUAAGUUGAAGGAACAUGCAAGAUACCUGUUAUCAGGUCCACCAAGCCAGGAAUGGACGUCUCAACAGGACUUGGAGGGGAAAUUGCAAAGCGCUUGCAAUUUUUCAACUAUCUUCUCGAAGAGGAAAUUGUCCAGAGCUACCCCUUUGCACAGGGAUAGCUUCCCCCCCAAAAAAGGGGGUGGUCUGGGGGCAAAAUGCCGUCGAUUAUCUUGCAUUUAUGUUGCACUGCUCUUCCCCUUUCUCAAAUUCUCCUCUUCCUUCCAGCCCAAUUUUUUUAGGAAGGUGUUUAGGAAAUCAGCUAAAACGGAGGCUGGCAGGUACAAAAUUGGAAAAGAAGGAACUUUAUGGGGCCUUUUUCCUCUUUUGCUCAGGCCCCCAAGGAUAACGCGGCCUAAAAAAAUAUCAAGUGGCUGAAUUUAUUAAGUUUUCGUUUUCCUUUUUCCUUUUGGGACUUCCUUGUUUUCCGUUUUUUACUCUUUGGUUAAGAGUCUUCAACUUUCAACACUGGUUUUUUUAUUACGCCGAAAAUACAUCACAAUCCUCCUGGCUUUGCCGAACAGAUUGCCGUUCAAUUCUUUUCUUUUUCCUUUUUGGUAGAGAAUUAUAUUUGUUGGAGUGAUCACUGUCCUAAAGAAGAGCGGGAGAAGGGAAGAUUAAAAAAAAAAACCCAAUCAGGUGAACUAUUACAGCCUUUAGGAAACAAAAAAACAACAACAUUUUACCUGAAAUAUUAUGGUGUUAUAAUCCAUUACAUAAAAGCAACUUAUUAAUUGC